CAUACAAGGCAAUUUUACAGGAUUCAACUGGGCCUGGACAGGGGCAGCACUGCAGCUGGAGCAAAAAACAGCGAAAGAGGAGCUGCCCGGAGGACAGUCGUAGUAGACAGGGACAAUGAAUCAGAAGGCAAAGACAAACAUGGCUACCAGGUCUCUGUCCAGUCUCUGUCUCUUCUGCAUCUUCUCAGGACUUGCCUGUCCAGCUUCUGCCACCAGGCUUGGGGAACAGGAGCAGACUGCGCUGAAAGUGUGUGAAAGGGGUUUUUUCCUCAGUGACAAGAACCUUUGCCUACCAUGUAACUGCAAGGGACACUCUGACCACUGUGAAGACAUCACUGGUGUUUGCAUAAAGUGCAGGGGGCACAGAAUAGGUGAUUUCUGUGAAAUGUGUGAAGAUGGAUAUAUUCUGAGUCUCCAGCCGGAUGGGCAACUUAUCUGCUCACCCUGUGCCUGUCCCCUCGCCAUUCCCUCCAACAACUUUGCUGUGCACUGUGAUAACGCCGGCCAGCGUUGCAAAUGCCAAGAAGGCUAUGCUGGACCUCACUGUGAGCGGUGUGCUCCAGGUUACUAUGGCAACCCACUGCUAGUUGGAAGUUCCUGCCAGAGGUGUGACUGUAAUGACAACACCGACCCCAACUUGAUCUUCAACAAAUGCCACAACGUGACCGGCCACUGCGAGCACUGCUGGGGAAAUACAGCCGGAGCCAGGUGUGAGCGCUGUGCUCCCGGUUUCUACGGCGACGCCAUCAAUGCCAAGGACUGUAGAGAAUGUGAAUGCAGCCAGUGUGGGACAUCUUCCUGCGAUGAUCGGACAGGGGUGUGCCACUGCAGGCCAGGAGUCACUGGGCAGCGCUGUGACAAGUGUGAGGAGGGUUACUCCGGUUUCUCCAGCUGUCAGGGCUGUCGGAGAUGUGAAUGUGGACCAGCCUCCCUUCGCUCCACCUGCCAUCCCCUCACCCACAGCUGCCCAUGUCGCCCAGGGGCCGGAGGUCGUUACUGCGAGCGCUGCCUCCCAGGAUACUGGGAUUACAGUCCUGCUGGCUGCAGUAAGUGCGACUGUGAGAGUGGCUACUGCGACAUGAAAACCGGCGAAUGCCUGCUAGAGGCUACGGUCAACCUGUGCAACAACAGUUGUGAUGCCUGUAUAUGGCAGCUGACUGAGGACGUAAAAGUGUCCAGCAAGACACUGGACAAGUUGAGGGUCGGAGUGCUGAACAUCUCUACUGGUGCUGCUGCUAAUGACAGGCUCAAGUACUACAACUACACCUCUCAGCGCCUCCAGAAACAGUUUCAGAGUUGGCAGAACAAGUCAUCUGUGAUGAAAUCCCAGACUGAUGAGCUGGAGGAGACCACGGACAUGGUGGUGCUGGACAUCAAGGAGCUCCAAGACUCGGAAACCUUGGUGAAGAGUUUAGUGAACAGCUUGGACAAAGAGUCAGACGACACCAUGACCUUGUCUCAGCAACUCAACAAAAACCUCACAAAUCUCAAAUCACACAUAGAAGAGAUUAUCCUGGACUGGGAGGUGUACAAUGUUAAUCAGGACGUUGAUCCAGAGGUGGUCAGACAAAAUACUGAAACAGCGCAUAAAACGAUCACUUGGAUGAGGCAACUGGAGCUGUCCCAAAAAGAAACCACUGCCACUGAUGAGUCUACCAUGAGCCAUGACCUGCUGAGACAAAUCCGCCAGUUGGAGAAGAAACAGCUGAUUACAGCGGGUCUUCUUCCAUCUGUCAAAGAGGUCCUGUCCCGCUACUCCGCCAGGCUGUCAGAGAGUCAGACUGGUCUGCUUAAAGCUGCCAGUUCUGUGAGGGAGACCGAGGACAAAAACAAGGCCAGCCUCCUUAAAUUAAGCAGAAAAGAGGUGAAGCAGCAGAGGAUGAGUGAGGUCCACUCGGCUGUCAACAGAACACUGGAAACCAGUAGAGUGUUCAUCUCAGACUCUGAGAGGAACGUGGCUGAGGUGGAUACUCUAGUGAAGAAUGUGACCCAAUACCAUGCUGCCAUUGAUGGUGCCAGCCAGGAGCUGGAGAAAAAGAUGGACCCUCUCUCGCUGGUGGACCGACAGCUGGUUCAGAGGGCUGAUGAACAUGCCUCAGAGUUGGAGAGGCAGUCAAAUGAACUGGAGAAGGAUCUGAGGGACAGUGAUGCCAACGGCUUCGUUCAGCGAGCAAUCAGUGCUGCCAACGUUUACAACAACAUAGUGAAAUACAUCGAGAAUGCCAACAUUACCUCACUGACCACUUUCAACUUGUCUCGAAGCGCUGAAGAUGCCGUCUCUGGGAUCAACGCUCAGCUGGAACACCUGGUAAAGAUGAGCGGACAUGUCUUCAAGGAGUCUGUUUCAUUACAUUCAGAACAAAACGAGGUAGAAGGUAAAGUGUCUGAUGAACGAAAAUACGUUGAGGAGAUCCAAGAGACCAUGGAAACAAAUGAGAUGAAGCUGAAAGAAAUAGUGAACGACAUUGAUGAGAUGCAAACAGACAGAACAGAGCAGCGUCUGAAUCACACCUUGCACGUGGCUCAACGGACUCUCCACCGUUCAACUGAAGUCCUUCAGACCAUUACUCCCAUCAGCAGCAAGGUGGAGGAGUGGGCCACCAACAUGAGGAAUAACCAAUACUCCACAGCUGCUUAUGAACAGGCCAUUUCUUCUGCUGGACAAGCAGUGGAGAAGCUGAACGUUCUUGUGCCUGAACUGUUGAAUAAGCUGAAGGUGGUUGAAGACAAGAAGCCAGCCAACAAUGUUACCACCAACAUCAUGAGAGUCCGAGAGCUCAUCUCCCAGGCCAGAAGUGUAGUCAGGAAGGUCCAGGUGUCCAUGAGGUUCAAUGGACAGUCUUCAGUGGAGGUUCAUCCACACGGCAAUCUGGAAGAGUUGAAGACAGUGACAUCCAUCAGCCUGUUCCUCAGGGUGGACCCGGACAAAGAUCCUAUAGAAGACAGGUUCAUCUUAUACCUGGGAGAGCGAAAUGGCCGGAAAGACUACAUGGGUUUGGCCAUCAAGAAUGACAACCUGGUUUUUGUCUACAACCUCGGAAGUGAAGACGUUGAAAUCCCACUGACAUCAAAGCCUGUCAGCCAAUGGCCUGCAGUCUUCAACCACAUCAAAAUAGAGAGGCUGGGUAGACAUGGGAAAGUUUUUCUGACCAUCCCCAGUCAGGGAUCUACAGAUGAGCAGAAGUUCAUCCAAAAAGGUGAAGCUCCGAGCUCCCUUUUUGAUGUUGACCCCAAGAAUAUUGUGCUGUUCGUCGGCGGUGCCCCAGAAGGUGUUAAGCUUCCACCUCCUCUGAGCCUCGCCCCUUUUGUGGGCUGCAUCGAGCUGUCGUCUCUGAACAACGGCAUCAUCAGCCUGUACAACUUUAAAGAAACCCAUAACAUGAACGUGGCUUCUUCAGUGCCAUGCUCGAGGUACAAGUUGGCCUUCUCUGAGAGUCGGAUUGCAAGCUACUUGUUUGACGGGAGAGGCUAUGCGCUCAUCAGUAACAUGGAGAGAAGAGCACCGUUUGCUGUUGUCACAAGAUUUGAUAUUGCCGUACGGACAGUCUCAAAGAAUGGUGCCGUUUUCCUCAUGGUGAACAGGGAUAAAUUCUUCCUUUUGGAAAUAAAGAACGGGUUUUUGAAUUUAGUUUAUGACUUUGGCUUCACUGACGGGCCAAAGCGUUUUCAGGAUGACUCACCAAAGCGUCAGAUAAACGAUGCAAAAUACCACGAGGUGACAGUAAUCUACCAUCACUCCAGGAAGGUGAUCCUAGUAGUAGACAAGAACCUCGUGAAAACGUUUGAGAAUCCUAAAACCACCCUGCCGUUCUCUGAUAUCUAUAUAGGCGGGGCUCCUUCCGGCAUCCUUAAAGCCAGGCCAGAGUUGUCCUCGGUGGUCAGUCUGAAGGGCUGUGUGAAAGGAUUCCAGUUCCAGAAGAAAGACUUCAACUUGCUGGAGGAGCCCGGAACUAUUGACAUCAGCAGUGGCUGCCCAGAGGAGUCUUUUAUGUCUCGCGAGGCAUAUUUCACUGGAAAGAGCUUCCUCGGGUCCACAGCAAAGAUAUCACCAUUUGACAGCUUUGAAGCGGGGCUCAACUUCAGAACACAGCAGAGCAGCGGACUUCUCUUCUACCACCGUGAAGGGUCCAGCGAGUUCAGCAUCUCCCUGGAAAACGGAGCCGUGGUUCUAAACAACAGAGGAUCUAAAGUCAAAUCUCACAAGAAACAAUACAGCGAUGGAAGGACACACUUCUUAAUGGCUUCAGUCAACAAUCAGAAGUAUUCACUCGUGGUGGAUGACAAAGAUAAGCAGGAGAAGAAACGUUCAUCCGCCACAGUCCCCUCACCAGAUUCACCAGUAAGAACUUUCUACUAUGGAGGAUCUCAGAGCAGCAGCUUUAAGAACUUCACAGGCUGCAUCAGCUAUGCCUACAUCAACAGACAAGAUCAGGACAUUGAGGCGGAGGAUUUUCAGAAGUACAAAGAGAGGGUUGACGUGUCUCUGCAGGACUGUCCCAUGCAGCACCCUCCUGCUGGACUUCUGUCAAAGGAGCGAGAUUACACUUCCAGAGCCAAACAGAGCCUAUCACAGAAGGUCACCAGAGACAAGCCCAGCCUUUCUCUAAACAUACAAGAACUACAAAGUGAUGACCAGGUGCAAACAGAGUCACGAAUCGAGGCUUGUUACCUCUCCUCAACUCCAACGUCAACACACCAAGCCUUCCACUUCUGUGGUGUUGCCAACAGCAGACAGCAUUACACAGAUCUCACUGACUCUUUCUCUGAGAGUUUCAACUUUUCAUUGUCCAUGAAGACACAGUCGGCCUUUGGCCUCAUCUUAUAUGUGUCUGAUGUCCAAGAAGACAACUUUGUCGCUCUUUUCCUGGCACAAGGAAAACUUGUAUUCACAUUCAAUGUAGAGGACAAAAAAGUUAAAAUCCAGACUGAGGAGAGAUUUAAUGAUGGCACAUGGCACAAUAUUUUUUUGAAGCGCCACGGGAGUAUGGGCCAGGUUAUAAUCAAUGGCUUCACAGGGCUGGAAGACAGAGCUCAGGGAAACAACAUCCAAUGGCGAAUGAGCGACUCACUCUUUAUUGGAGGAGUUCCUCCAGGGAGAGGCCAGAAGAGUAUUAAGCGGAACUCAGCCUACAGCUUUACUGGCUGUUUGAAGAACGCUCAGCUGAACGGACAGAAGUUGUCUCCUUUGGCAGAGACAUUUGGGGUCAGUCCAUGCUUCGAAGGACCGUCUGAGGCAGGAACUUAUUUCUCAAAGGAGGGAGGAUACGUCGUUCUGGAUGAGUCCUUUGAUCUGGGGCUGAGGUUCGAGCUGGUAAUGGAGGUGCGCCCUCGUGUGGCAUCUGGGGUGCUCCUACAUGUGCGCACAGGAAAGGGCUAUUUUGUCAUCUACAUUCAUCAAGGGGAGGUGGUGGUACUUGUAAACAACGGGAGAAAUGAGUUCUUUACCAAAGUAGCACCCAAACAGAGUGUGUGUGAUGGAAGCUGGCACAGAAUCACAGUGAUCCGGGAUGCCAACGUGGUGCAGCUGAACAUGGACUCAGCCAUCAGCCACGUUGUGGGACCUGUUAGCCCCAGUUCAACAGACACAAGGAAGCCGGUAUUCAUCGGUGGAGCUCCAGACUUCUUCCUCCCAGACAGCAUUGCCACCAGAAAGCCAUACGUGGGUUGUAUGAAGAACCUGAUCAUCAACAAGAGCCAGGCAAGCUUUAAUAAAGCGGUUCUGGUCAGUGGCGCUGUCAGUAUUGGGUCCUGUCCUUCAGCUUAAUCCUUCAGACAUCAGUACUGACCAAAGUCAUUUAAAACCCGUCAUUUGUCUAGAAUGACCUCUAUUAGGGUUAUCUUGUCAUAUUUUUGUUUACAUUUUUGAUUUUGUAUUUCACCAAACUAUCAUAUUGGAUUUAUUAAGGGUGAAGACCUUAUUCACACACAAACUACACAGCACUAGGCUGAAUUUCUGCCAUCUUUAUGGUAAAAACUUUACAAAUUCAAUCUGAAAAGCUUGUAUUUCUUAACAAUAAAUAUUUUAUGUCACACAAA